AUGGCGCCGCCCUGUACCGCUGUGGCCACGACAGCUGCUGCUGCAGUAAACGACACCGUUUUACCGGGAGAUGAUCUUUCACACCUUCUCGUAUCGUCCAAAGGAAAGAAGUUGCGUCUUGGUCCAGGGUUACGGCAGGAAACAGACAGUGUGGUUUCGUGUAAAUGUGGAAUUUUGAGAAAGAAAGAGCCCAACGUGUACUGGAUUGACAAUCACCAAAAACGGUAUGUACCUGUCAAAGGAGAGACUGUGCUGGGGAUUGUGACAGGAAAAGCUGGUGAUGUCUUCAAGGUAGAUGUUGGCGGAAGUGUCCCUGCAACUCUGUCUUAUUUAGCUUUCGAAGGAGCAACAAAGAGAAACAGACCCAAUGUAGAUAUUGGCGAUGUCGUCUAUGGACGUCUUCUAGUUGCCAAUCGGGACAUGGAACCUGAGCUGGUGUGUAUGGACAGCGCUGGAAGAAGUGGGGGCCUCGGGGUCAUCACUGGAGGAAACAUGUUUCAGUGUUCUCUUGGACUAGUCCAAAAAAUUUUAUCUCCUCAGUCGUCGUUGAUGAAACACCUCGGGCAGAUCAUGCCGAUGGAGAUAGCUGCCGGGAUGAAUGGACGGGUCUGGAUUCGAUGUAAAACAAUCGCCGCCACAAUAGCAGCUAUGAAUGCCAUAACAAACGCAGAGUUCAUGACAGAGGCCGAAAUCAGACUCAUGGUUCACAAGUUACAUGAUACAAUUCACUAGACUCUUAGGCCCAAUUUCAUAGAGCUGCUUAAAGUCUAGCAGAGAAUAUUACUUAACUAUUUUUCUGCUGAGCAAAAAUGUGCAGGAUACUAGACGCAGAUGGUACAAAUUGUAUUUUGAAAGGUAACGUUUUCAUGGUUAGCAUAAUUUUGGUGUGCUCAGCUACUUGUUGUGCUUAAGAAUCAGAGAAUAUUGCGCAACAAAUAUCUGCUAAGCAAGAAUUCGCAACAAACCAGUCACAAAUGGUACAUGUGACAUGGCAUUUUGGCUGGUAAUCUUG